AUGGCUAUGAGCGAGGAUGCCUCAAGGGCGUUGGUCAUCAUGUGGGUGAUUGUUGGGGUGGUCUUUGUCUUGGUAAUCCUUCGUGUCUAUACCCGGGUGGUCUACAUGGCCGCCUAUGGUGUUGACGACUGGAUAUAUGUUGCCGCAUUUAUCAUUCUUUUCAUUUAUACCGUCCUCAUUCAAUAUGCUGCCUUCUUUGGCUUCGGCCAAACCGAAAAAGAAAUAGCAAACGCUACAAGGGCGUCAAAAGCUCGCCUGUUCGAAUGCCUCGGACAAACCACGUCAUUUAUUGGCACGCCUCUCGCUAAAGCUUCACUUGGAGCGUUUCUUCUUCGACUGGUCACGGUGACGUGGCAUCGGUUUGCUGUCUGGGGAGCAAUGACAUUGAUGUUCUUGUCAUCUGUUGAAACCACCCUUCCUCUCAUUGUGUGGUCGGCCGCAGAGAUGGCUAUUACCCUGGUCUGCAUCGGCAUCCCCGUUUUGAGACCGCUAUACAAGCGCAUGUACUUGCGCUUUCGAAGGCAAUCCGCACACUCGUCAGAAUAUCUCCAACAAUUAGACCGCUCAAAGGAGCAACCAGGAUUUGCACUGCAGACAAUCGGCGGAGGGCCCCUUGAUAAGGAGAUGAGUAACUUGGAGCGAAUGAACAGUACAAGACCAACAAGUGUCAUGAACAACAACACUGAUGACUUUCUGUACGAGCGAUUCCGGAUAGGGAUUAACGAAGCGUCUAAGACGACGGUGAUAGCUCAGCAGCGAAGGAUUGACGACGAGGAUUCAAAGAUGGACGCACUCGACGAUUAUAGCUGUAGCCAACUUGAGCGCAGUACUGAUAGCACGCGGAGGGCAUUGGGAGAUGAAGAGCUCGGUACGGCGAAUAGUAACCAGCGGAGUCAAAACACCAUUACCGUAACGCAAAGCUUUAGCGUUGAUAGAAGUUGA